GGGCGGCGCGGGCGGCGGCGGCGGCGCGGGCGGCAGGAGCGCGGGCCCCAGCGCUAGCGCCCGCCAUGCCCAGCUCGCUCGGCCAGCCCGACGGCGGCGGGGGCGGGGGCGGCGGCGGCGGCGCGGGGGCGGCGGGGGAGGACCCCGGACCCGGACCUGCGCCCCCGCCCGAGGGCGCCCAGGAGGCCGCGCCCGCUCCUCGGCCGCCGCCCGAACCCGACGACGCGGCCGCCGCGCUCCGCCUGGCGCUGGACCAGCUGUCGGCGCUCGGGCUGGGGGCCGCGGGCGACACGGACGAGGAGGGGGCGGCCGGGGACGGCGCAGCGGCGGCGGGGGGCGCGGACGGCGGGUCGGCUCCGGAGCCUGUGACCCCCGACGGACCCGAGGCCGGCGCGCCCGCGACCCUGGCCCCCGCCGUGGCCGUGGCCCCCGGGUCGCUGCCGCUGCUGGACCACAACGCGAGCCCCCCGCCGCCCCGGCCGUCACCCCCCGACGUGUUCGCGGGCUUCGCGCCCCACCCCGCGGCCCUGGGCCCCCCGACGCUGCUGGCCGAGCAGAUGAGUGUGAUCGGCAGCCGCAAGAAGAGCGUCAACAUGACCGAGUGCGUCCCGGUGCCCAGCUCCGAGCACGUCGCCGAGAUCGUGGGCCGCCAGGGCUGCAAGAUCAAGGCCCUAAGGGCCAAGACAAACACCUACAUCAAGACCCCGGUGCGGGGCGAGGAGCCGGUCUUCAUCGUGACGGGCCGGAAGGAGGACGUGGAGAUGGCCAAGCGUGAGAUCCUGUCGGCGGCCGAGCACUUCUCCAUUAUCCGCGCCACGCGCAGCAAGGCCGGGUGUCUGCCCGGCGCCGCCCAGGGCCCGCCCAAUCUCCCCGGACAGACCACCAUCCAGGUGCGCGUGCCCUACCGGGUGGUGGGGCUGGUGGUGGGGCCUAAGGGCGCCACCAUCAAGCGCAUCCAGCAGCGGACGCACACCUACAUCGUGACGCCCGGGCGUGACAAGGAGCCGGUGUUCGCGGUCACCGGGAUGCCCGAGAACGUGGACCGCGCGCGCGAGGAGAUCGAGGCGCACAUCACACUGCGCACUGGCGCCUUCACCGAUGCGGGCCCCGACAGUGACUUCCACGCCAACGGCACCGACGUCUGCCUGGACCUGCUCGGGGCAGCCGCCAGCCUCUGGGCCAAGACCCCAAACCCAGGACGACGGCCCCCCACGACCACGGCCGGCCUCCGCGGGGAUACGGCACUGGGCGCCCCCAGCGCCCCCGAGGCCUUCUACGCGGGCGGCCGUGGCGGCCCCUCUGUGCCGGACCCAGGCCCCGCCAGCCCCUACAGCGUCUCCGGCAACGGGGGCUUCGCUUUCGGUGCGGAGGGUCCUGGUGCCCCGGUGGGGACGGCCGCCCCCGACGACUGCGACUUCGGCUUCGACUUCCUGGCGCUGGACCUGACUGUGCCUGCCGCGGCCACCAUCUGGGCGCCCUUCGAGCGCGCUGCCCCCCUGCCCGCCUUCAGCGGCUGCUCCACGGUCAACGGAGCCCCGGGACCACCCGCCGCCGGCGCCCGGCGCAGCAGUGGGGCCGGGACCCCCAGCCACUCGCCCACGCUGCCCGAGCCCGGCGGCCUCCGCCUGGAGCUCCCGCUGUCCCGCCGCGGCGCCCCGGACCCGGUGGGCGCGCUGUCCUGGCGACCCCCGCAGGGCCCCGUAUCCUUCCCGGGCGGCGCCGCUUUCUCCACGGCCACCUCGCUGCCCAGCAGCCCCGCGGCCACCGCCUGCGCCCCCCUGGACUCCGGCGCCUCCGAGAACAGCCGCAAGCCCCCCUCGGCGUCCUCGGCCCCCGCCCAGGCUCUGGCCCGGGAGUGCGUGGUGUGCGCCGAGGGCGAGGUGAUGGCCGCGCUGGUCCCCUGCGGCCACAACCUCUUUUGCAUGGACUGCGCCGUCCGCAUCUGCGGGAAAAGCGAGCCCGAGUGUCCCGCCUGCCGCACGCCGGCCACCCAGGCCAUUCAUAUCUUUUCCUAGAGGGAGGACCGCCACGUGGCCGAGGCCUCCGCCGCCACCGGGGCCAUCUGCGGGCACCAGGGCUGGGCGCGGGAGACGGGGCGGGACCCGGGGUGGGAGAGGGACGGGGGGGGCGAGGGACGGGAGGCGAGGGGCGGAGGCCGAGGGGGCAGGGGGUGGGCGGCGGCCAGUGUUUACAGUUGAGCUUUAACUGCCGUCCCAGGCGUGGAGACGGAGACCCCGCAGCCCGGCGCCUCAACCCUUCCACGACAGUAUUGAGUGGUCAGGUUACAAUAAACCGGAGAGAAAAGGUCCGCUUGCACUUUUUUUUAGUUUUUAUUUGUAGACACCCCUCUCCUCCAGGGUGAUCUUUAAAAAACAAAACAAAAAAUACGAUUUUUCCAGAGCUCAGUGUUUUCCUUUUGUCCGAAGCCGUUUUCUGAUUUGACUUUUCUCGCCGGCCGGUCUCAAGGCCGCACAGACGUUCCAGAGGAGGAGGGUGACAUUUUUACCCCCUUUUUGGGGCUAACCAUUUAUGCUUUUGUACAUCAACCAUGCGCGGCCAGAGGGGGGCAGGGGCGAGGGGCGAGGGGCGUUCCAAUCAGAAAUUUCUAACUUUCUGUUAAUUAUUAAUCCCCUUUCUACUGCGGUUUCUGUUGUCAUUUUUUAAAUUUUUUAAUUUUUUUUUUUUACUUUUACUUUUUACCUCCUGUGUAUAUGUAGGGAAUUUAUAGGGAAAUAUGUACUUUAUGGAAUAAAUUUUAAGAACUAAAAUAUAUUUUAUUUUGAAUAAAGUAAUGGGCCUUUCAUCUUGCAGCUAAAUCACUGAUUAUAUAUUUGCUGAGCUGAUUUAAGGGUUAAAAAAAUUGUAUCAAGAGUUUUAUUUUUUGACUUCAAAGCCUUCUUAAUAAAGCCUCUUUUCUACAUGUGAGCA